AUGUCAAUGACGUGUACUGCUUCAUUUUUCACUGUUGAUAUUAAUGCUGAUUGGCAACUAGCACCUGAUUUAUUGUUAAUAUUAACAUCAAAAAGUUAUCUAGAUCACAUUUUCGAAAGCAAUCAACAAUCAAUACAAAAUGUUCCACAUGCUUUAACAACGGAUGAAGUUAUCAAGUUACAGCAAUUUUUUAUGUUUGUAGCUAUAGGUAAUUUAGCUUCUACAAUAGGUUCCAAUGUCACCUGUUCACAAUUCAAUUCGAUUAUUAAUACAAAGAAAAUUAUUCAAUAA